CACUGCUAACGGUAUUGUCAGUUCUGCUGCAACGCGUCGUCUGCGUUAUGACAAUUUAUUAACACUUUUCUUUGAGCGUUAAUAGAAUAUAGUCUUUACCAUGAGUAUACGAGAAAUGCAUCAAAUGCCAAAUAAAAGCGAGGCUGACCUAACUCCAGAGGAAAAAUGGAGGGUGGAACAUAUAAAAAUGCACGAACAGCACAAGGGUCAUGAAUCUAUGCACGCAGAAAUGCUACUUGUAUUGUUGAUAACAUUAACAGUAGCACAGAUUAUAUUAGUUGAAUGGAAGAGAAGGCACUUUAAAUCAUAUCAGUUUAUAACACUAGUAGCUAUGUGGGUUAUUCCAUUUGGAAUCAGUUUAAAGAACCACUGGUGGAGAUUUAUAUUUUUAUGGCUUUUAUCGUCGUGUAUAACAGGUUUAGUAGUAAGAAAAGCUGUUCAAAAGCCAAUAGAAGGUACAACACCAAGGCUAGUGUAUAAAUGGUUUUAUUUUAUUUAUAAGCUCAGUUAUGUACUAGGCUUAUUUGGUUACGUUUUGUGCGUACUUACAUUCUUGGGUCUAAAUAUCGUAUUUGACGUUAAACCUCACGUCUGGGUGGACUGCGGUGUCUUGUUUCUAUUUUAUGGUCUUUACUUUGGCGUACUAGCAAGGGAUGUUGCUGAAAUAUGUGCUGACAAAAUGGCGUCACAUAUCGGAUAUUACACCCCAGGCAGUAUUCCAACCAGAACUUUGGAGCCGAAUGUUUGCGCAGUAUGUGGAAAUAAGCUUCUAGUUUCUGAGCACGAGGAAGGCGUGAUUGAAAAUACAUACAAACUUACUUGCGAACAUGUUUUCCACGAAUUUUGCAUUAGGGGUUGGUGUAUUGUGGGGAAGAAACAAACUUGCCCCUAUUGCAAAGAGAAGGUCGAUUUAAAAAAAAUGUUCUGCAAUCCAUGGCAACGCCCACAUGUCUUAUACGGCCAACUGUUGGAUUGGUUGAGAUGGUUAGUUGCUUGGCAGCCUUUAAUUUUGUUCCUAGUUCAAGGUAUCAAUUGGGCUCUGGGCCUUGAAGCACCUCAUAUCAAGAAGGAUCAGCAUGAAAAAUUGGUCGGCAUAACAGAUUAGCGUAACAGAAUACCGCCGUAUUGUCAUAUAGUUUCUCAGCUAGCACCGACAGAUAAGUUCCUAUUUACACACUCGCAGUCUCUGAUAAGAGAUAGCACACCAAGGAAAGAUGUGAUCUCGCGUUAGACGCGCACACAGUCCAACAUUGUAUAUAUGUAUGUAUGUGUAUGUGUAUGGGCAGUGAAAGAGAAAGAGAAAGAGAGAGAGAGAGAGAAAGAGAGAGAAAGAGAAAGAAAGCAAUGACAACACUUGCUAGUGAUAUUACUAAAAGACUUUAAUUAAAACUUUCUCGUUAUUAUCGAUAGAAAAACAACUUUCAUCACAUCACGUAUCCAUAGGUACUUGUCAGACCACGUCGGACCCGUCGCGAGAGUAUCGUAUAAUUCGUAUAUAUAUAUAUAUAUGUAUUUAUAUUUAUAUACAUAUAUUUAUAUCUGUAUAUCUAUAGUCUAAAGUCUUUCGUGAUUAUCCGUGGGAUGAAAUUACGACUCGGCGCGUAAGGAUUGGGAGUUGAGGUGACAGAGGCCUAGGGGUGAGGACACACUUAACGGUAGUCCCUUCAACGGGUCCGAUAAACAGAGGUGUUUAACAUUACUCGAGAUUAUAGUUCUUUUGGCUUUGUUGGAUGGUUUUAGACGCCACGAUACGACGGGAUCGUCGGGAUGGGUCCAGGGGCAGACAUUCACAAACACGGGGAGAUUUUAUAGAUAUAUUUAUUGAGUACUUAGCGUGUAAGAGUAUAGAAUAUAUGUUACCUUACUGUUAAAUAUCAUUACAUGGUAAAUAUAUUUAUAUAUAUAUAUAUAUAUAUUUAUAUCAUGAUGUAGUCUUUAAAAUAAACCUUGCGCGUGGGCACGCGUGUGUGUACGUGUGUGUGUUUCAAGAGUAUUUACAUAAUGAUCGCAAUUAAUUAUGUACAAGUUCACGAAAAACGAAAAAAAAAAAAAAAGUAAAAGAAAAA